AUGCGGCUUUGGCUGCUACUAUUACACAUACUAGUUUCUCUUGUAGAUGCGUUCUUGGUUCAUGAUGGCGGUUUGAGGCUUACUUCGGGUGUAAGCAGACCUAGUUGGCCCGUUUUGCGUGGGAAGUCGUUAUUAGAUGACCCCCUGCUGCUAGCUCCAUCUUCCAAGCCAGGUGAGGACCAUGAGGUGGUUGUAUCUGAAAGUCCUGCCUUUGGUUUGCAAAGGACAUUGUACACGCAUAGACGCAAGGCACGAGCUAGAGGGCCACUCUUUAACCCCGGAGAUUGCGUGUAUUUAGCAUCUGGACCGUAUCGCAAUGCUAGGGGUACUGUAUUGUCUACUUUUCGUCGUGCUCCAGGUGAACCUCAUUUAGUCAGUGUGGUAUUGGAUUGCCGUAAUGAGCGUGGUAUAGUGCGUGGAAGAUUGAAUGGUUACCACGGUUUCCGUUUAACUGUCCGUGAGUCUCAGCUUACAGCACGACCUCCAUUUUCUCCAUUUUCGCCACCACCCUUAUCCAGUGAUGAAUAUAGGGGUUUAAGUCGUACUAAAUCUGGGCAUAUACGACGUUCACAGGAAGAUUCGUUCAUUGCACUGCUUAUGUCACGUGUUGUGAACAGCGUUCAUAUUAGCGACUUUCAAUAUGCGUUUGAUUCUUUGUGCCGUCUCAAUGUUGACAAAGAAUACCCAUAUCAAUCUUUGGUUGUACAAAUAGCCCGUAAUUUUUCGUUUCAAGAGGAGGGCGGUGAUCUUCGCAACUUGGUGAAUUCGAUCCUUGGUCGUUUGCGACAUGUUAUGAAAGCAGAAUGUUCUGGGAUCUCACGUGGAACCAUUCCGUGGUUCUCCUGGGCUGUUGGCAUGUUGAGAUCGCGUCGUCUGAUUAAUGACGAGGAAACUUGUGAUAUUAUUGUCAAGCGUAUUAGCAACCUUUUGCUUUCUGGUAAAUUAGAUGCUUUAACUCAAGGCGAGAUAUCACUUUUAGCUAUGGGUUUCUAUAAUUGUGGCCCAUUGAGGCAUGAGGUUUUGCAUCGUUUGGCCAUGUUGUUUUCGUAUUUUCCAGUUAAAACCGUGGAAAGUAGGCGUGCCUCCGUGUUGGCAAGGUCUCUUACAAAUGCAGGCAUUGUACACCCAGCAUUCAGCCGGCUAAUUUGCGAUAUGAUUAGAGGAGAACAUGAUCUAUUACCUCCUGAGAGUGCUGUGCAUUUGUUAGAGUAUUUGUCUACUGAUCCUUCGACACCGCAAACAAUCAAGGACGAGUUGCUUGCAUGUUGCAGCGUCCCUGAAUUUUUGAAACCGACAGCAACUCCUGAAGGGCCAGCUUAUGAGUUAGCUGUACGUCUUGCAGGGUUGUCUGACCGUGAGAUGUCUGAAUUGCUACACGCAAUUCGGUCUGGAGAGUGCGAGUUGCCAUUGAAAGUGGCUGUGAAUUCAUUGAGGAUACUCCCAGUGGUUCCGUCAUCAUUAGAACUUAUACGUCUUAUGCUAGUCCGGACGUCGAAGAUAUACGAUCGAUUGACCUUGAAGCAGCGUUUACGUGUACUUCAUGCUGCAAUUCGUGUAAAUAAAUGCCCUAUAGAGGUUGUAGAUGCUGUUGAACAUCAUCUAAAGAGCAUGGAGCCUGACCGUGUUUUGGAGCCAUCAAUGGCCAAAGUUUUGGGUCAGUUUUUGCCUCGUAUACCUGAUUCCAGAUCAAGUGCCCAGCGUGUCAUCUUGGACCACCUUGAACGCUUCAUCACAUUCUCUCUAUCAUCAUUGCGCGAAAAAGCGCUAGAUGCUGCGAGGGCGAGAUCUGUCAUGCGUACGGCAACAUUGUGUCUAGAGCGUAUUCCAACAUUGGGUUACGAGAUGUCUGUAUUUGCACAACAUUCAGCAACUCUACUACGUGAGGGUAUAAAGUUUGCGCCACAUCGUAUGAGUAUACUUUUGGGCCUGAUGGCGGUCCAGGCCAUGUCGCCUAAAUACUUCGAUGCUGCAUCGGAAUCUGCUCGUCAGCUUCUUGCGGACCCAUCUGUAGUUAUCCCCUCUGAGGUGUUGCCAUUAGUGGAGCUCCUGUUGGCUGUGAAGUCAACAACCGAGGGCGAGGAUUCUUGCUCUUCACUGUCAGGACACGUGAAUAUCCCGUUACUACCGGUUCCCAAGGACAUCGCCUCGAAGCCUCGACGCCAUCGGGAUGUGCAUGACUUUUCAGUGUUAUUUUCGCUAAUGGUUCGUUCAAGGCUACUGGAUAAAAGAGGAAACUUGCUGAGCAAUGCUUUUGUUUUUGCGGAGGAUAAUAUCAAUUCUUUAUCUAGCGUUGAUCUCCUAUUGUUAAGAGAUGCACUAGUAUCGCUGGAUGCAUUUGACGAGAAGUGGGAGGGUCUUUUCGCAUUGGUACCAAAGGGUAUCGAUGCAGUUACUUAG